GGGUGGGGGGGGGCGACGCGGGGCAGCGCAGGUUCCUGUCUGCGCUGGCUGCGGCCUGGCACUGAGAGGAGGGGCGGCCCCGGCCCCGGCCUCGGCGCAGGACUAUGGACCCGGCCGAGGCCGUGCUGCAGGAGAAGGCCCUCAAGUUCAUGGUCUCAACUUUCCCCCUGCCCCCCCUUCCUUCUUACAUGGAAGCAGAUGAAAUGGAGAAGCAGCAGUACUGCCUUGCAAGUACCAUACCCCGAAUACACAUGCCAAAAGAUGGAUUCCAACUUAUAUCUUCUGGAUACCAAGCAUGGCUAAAGCAGUGCUCUAUGCCCAGAUCUCUGUGGCUGGGCUGCUCCAGCCUGGCGGACAGCAUGCCCUCGCUGCGAUGCCUGUAUAACCCAGGGACUGGCGCACUCCCAGCUUUCCAGAAUUCCUCUGAGAGAGAAGACUGUAAUAAUGAUGAGCCCCCUAGGAAGAUCAUUCCUGAGAAGAAUUCACUUAGACAGACCUACAACAGCUGUGCCAGACUGUGCUUAAACCAGGAAACAGUAUGUCUAGGAAGCACUGCUAUGAAGACUGAAAAUUGUGUGGCCAAAACAAAACUUGCCAAUGGCACUUCCAGUAUGAUUGUGCCCAAGCAAAGAAAGCUGUCUGCGAGCUAUGAGAAGGAGAAGGAACUCUGCGUCAAGUAUUUUGAACAGUGGUCCGAGUCUGACCAGGUGGAGUUUGUGGAGCACCUCAUCUCCCAGAUGUGUCACUACCAGCACGGACAUAUAAACUCAUACCUCAAACCCAUGUUACAGCGGGACUUCAUCACUGCACUGCCAGCUCGGGGAUUGGAUCACAUUGCUGAGAACAUUCUGUCAUACCUGGAUGCCAAAUCGUUGUGUGCUGCUGAGCUGGUGUGCAAGGAGUGGUACCGGGUGACGUCGGACGGCAUGCUGUGGAAGAAGCUCAUCGAGAGAAUGGUCAGGACAGACUCCCUGUGGAGGGGCUUGUCAGAGAGGAGAGGAUGGGGACAAUAUCUAUUUAAAAAUAAACCUCCUGAUGGGACUGCACCACCCAACUCCUUCUACAGAGCACUUUACCCCAAAAUUAUACAGGACAUAGAGACAAUAGAGUCAAACUGGCGGUGUGGAAGGCACAGUUUACAGAGGAUCCACUGCCGAAGCGAGACAAGCAAAGGGGUUUAUUGUUUACAGUAUGAUGAUCAGAAGAUAGUAAGUGGCCUACGAGACAAUACUAUUAAGAUCUGGGAUAAGAAUACAUUGGAAUGCAAGCGAAUUCUCACUGGACACACGGGUUCUGUCCUGUGCCUCCAGUACGAUGAACGGGUGAUCAUUACUGGAUCUUCGGACUCGACAGUCAGGGUGUGGGACGUGAAUGCGGGCGAGAUGCUGAAUACGCUGAUUCACCACUGCGAAGCAGUACUGCACCUACGCUUCAAUAACGGCAUGAUGGUGACAUGUUCCAAAGACCGUUCCAUUGCCGUGUGGGACAUGGCUUCACCAACAGACAUCACCCUGAGGAGGGUGCUAGUAGGGCACCGAGCUGCCGUCAACGUAGUGGACUUUGAUGACAAGUACAUUGUAUCAGCAUCAGGUGACAGAACUAUAAAGGUAUGGAACACUAGUACCUGCGAAUUUGUGCGCACCUUAAAUGGCCACAAACGAGGCAUUGCAUGUCUGCAGUACAGAGACAGGCUAGUAGUGAGCGGCUCUUCAGAUAAUACUAUCAGGCUGUGGGAUAUCGAGUGUGGGGCAUGUUUACGAGUACUGGAAGGCCAUGAAGAGUUGGUGAGAUGCAUACGCUUUGAUAACAAGAGGAUAGUCAGUGGAGCAUAUGAUGGGAAAAUUAAAGUAUGGGAUCUUGUGGCUGCUUUAGACCCUCGUGCUCCAGCAGGGACCCUCUGCUUGCGAACCCUUGUGGAGCAUUCUGGAAGAGUCUUUCGACUUCAGUUUGACGAGUUCCAGAUCGUCAGCAGCUCGCAUGAUGACACCAUCCUCAUCUGGGAUUUUCUGAAUGACCCAGCUGCCCAAGCAGAAUCCACUCGUUCCCCGUCCAGAACAUACACCUACAUCUCAAGAUAAAUAACACUACACUGUACCUCACACUCGCACAGGACUCAUUUAAGCUGCAGUAUUUAAAUUAUCUGCCAAUGCCAGGACAAAAGAACUAUCCACGUAACCAAUACUUGCUGAAGAGAGAGGCUCUCAGACUUGUUUCUGGAACAAAGUUGGCAUGCGGUUGAUCUCAGACAGGGUCUACUCAGCGCGGCUGACUGCUAAAGUGCUGCUAUAUCAGAAGAUUACUUUUAUCUUUCAUGAACAGUUAACAUUUUUAAACCUUCCCAUCCCUUUCCUCCCUUGUCCCCCCUCUUCCUGUUCACUCCUCUUCCCUUUACCCUGUUUGGUUCCCCUCCAAACCCAGUCACAGAUGUCCUAUGAAUAUAUUUAAGAUGUUGCCAGAAUGUGUUGCUUUGCUGUUAAGCAGAAGACUUAUAGCCACAGUGCACCCUGCUGAGAGUCACUUCAGAGUGGGUGGGAAGGAGGCUGCUGCUCUCAGACUGAAAUCGAUAUCCAUUGCUAGGCCUUUGAAAAAGCAUUCAGCUCUGAAGAGCAACAGAAGCGCUUAUAACAGCCAGACCAGCCUGCCCCCCCACCCCUCACAUCCCUGCGGCUUUUGGCUGUUCUGACUGCAGACCUAUUUUUUGUGGAGAGAGGACCCUUGAAAUUUGACUAUUAUGAGCCAAAUCUAUCUCUUUCCUCUCCUGCCUGCUCUGCUAACCCUUUGGAAGCUGAAUGUGUAUUGUAGUCUCCCUUAACAUCUGCUUGGCUGGGGAAUGCUAGUCAAUGAAAAGUUAAACUCUCUUCUGCCAAAGUCCCAAGCAUGAUGGACUGGGGCUGAGAUCCCGUCCAACCCCACCCCAGCUGAAAUGUUGGCCCAGGGCAGUAUUUCUGUAGCAAAGGGAGUGUCUGUACCAUCUUCCUUCUGCUGUUCUCCCUGAAGACAGUGUGUUGCUGAUGGCUUACGAAUCAUUCUGUAAAUUGGAGGAAGUUUGGGGCUGGGGUGAGGAGGAAAGCUGGACAUUGCUCCUUUCUUUCCAUUCCUUCUCCCUUCAGAGAGGCUGUAGCUGGGUGCUGGAAGAGGGAGCUGAUAAAAACCUUGUGGAGCUCUCAAGAUGGAGCCACCCUAGAGUGGAGACACUACACAAACACUCUGGCCAUGACAAUAAGAUUUUGCUCACGUGAGCACCACCAGGGCACAGUCCCCUGGUGAUGGGCAGAUGGGUAAAAUGGGUAUGGCCAUGAGUACAGUCAGUACAGUUAGCAGUGACUCCAGGCCAGUUGUGCAGCAUUUCUGGGUCUGGCCUGGCUAGAAAGCCUUCGGAGGGAGAGCCUUUGGUGUGCUUUGUGCAUGCUGCAUUGCAGUUUAGGGACACAGGCUGAUUAGUCCCUUUGCUGAUAGCUGAGCUGGAUCUUUGCUUCCUAGCUGAGGCUUUUGCAAAUUGCCAUUGUUUAGAAAAUAAAAAUAGCCCUGAAGAGGAGGGACAUGAGGAACAAUUCUGCAUGUCUCUCAACGAGACAGAGAGGUCUGGGGGAAAACAGUGGUUUUUACGGAGCUGGAAGGAAUUGCAGCAGGCCUGCAUUUGCAUCAGGAAAGACUGUAAAGCGAUCCCUGGUCGUUCCAGGUUUGGGCCCAGAUCUUCCACUCUAGGUCUUGAAUAACCCCCCACUGCCUUAGUGGGCCGUUGCUCCAAUCCCACAGUAGGAAAUCAGGGCACUUGGUCUCCAGGCUGGAGGGGUUUUAAACAGGCUUUUGUUAAAACCCACUAAACUAGGACCUUGGCAGAUGGGAAAUUUUUUUAAGCUAUUCUCAUCAACUUCACUUUGCUGGGGAAGCAGUUGCAUUGUUUCUAAUUGCUUGGGAUGCGCUUUUUCCACCAAUGAAAUUUUGCAAGGAGCUAGGCCAAGAGUCCCCAGAGAGCAGUCCAGAGGGCUUAAAUCAUUCUGGUGACGGCUAAGACAGACAAGAAGGUGAUGGAGUUAUGGAGGAAGGGAAGGCUGGUGCUUGGGGAGUACCUACUGCAGUUCCUGACGCAUGUGGGCAGCAGUGUUGACCACUCAGCUCCCUGUAUUUUCAAUGAGCCUAAAGACUACAUGAGUUCUGAAGAGCAUCUCAGAGCAUGUGGUGACACUCCUGGGUUCUGUUUGAACUAUUACUGUAAAAGAGUCAAACAGGUUAACAACUCGGCUCUGUUCAGGUGACACUGACGGUGUGACUUACCUCUGCAGAGUCAUAAAAGUUCUGAGUCACAAUGAUUAAGUUCACCCACAACUAAUUUUGGCACUACUUUUAAGUCUAGGAAGGCUGGUUUGGAUUUCAGGCCGCUCUACAUAUCAGGCAUACUGCAGUCCCAAAGCCACAGUGGCAAGGGAGCAGAGAGAAUCAAAGUUUACAUCCCAAACUUUGCUGAGUUGAAGUUCUGAGUCUUAUUCUUAAUGUUAUUUUAACACUGUUCCUCUAAGUUUAGUUAUUACAAUGUCUGCAGCGUGGUUGCAUAUCAGCAGGGGUUUAUAUGACUUUGGCUGCAGAUUUAAUCCUUGUUUUCCUCAGUUUGGUCAUCCUCUGGAUUUUAUAUUUAGGUUAUUGUAGAAAACAAUGACUUGUUACUCCAGCCUCUGAAGGCUGCAGAACUUCCUAAUAUUUUAACUGCAUCUUUGUGGGCAAUACCUGCAAGGAUGCAUUUUAUUUUGCUAAUUGAGAGAAUUUGGGAGAACUGGAAGACUGGCUGACCAAACACGGGAGACAACACCAUUGCAGAUUGUCCUUGAUUGUCAUAGCCCUGCUGCUCCGUGCUGCUGUUCGGUAACUUCUAAGCACUGUUGGGUCUUCAGGUGGUACCGUAGUUUGAAUUCUGCUGUAUAGAGCUGUUUAGGGUACAGUUAGGAAGCAACAGCUGAAAUCCAUUUUUGGCACAUGGCAAGAACGGUGUCUUACCCUCAAGAAGGGACUGUGUCUGGGUACUUCAUACAGAACCGCGGAAGGGUGAGGAUUCCUACCCCACUCCCUGAGUUGUACAAAUUUUCUGAUAGCUAAGAAGGAAACUGAAGUUAACUGAUCUAACUUGAACUUGAAACUGCCACAGCCUGACAUUUGGUGGUGUUUAUUGUGCACCCAGGGAGGAGCCAUCUGGUAAGUAGAUCUCCCAAUGUCAGAAGAAAGUGGCUUUUUCAAACUUCCCCCCCUUAGGAUAUGUGUGCGUGUGUGUGUGCGCGUGUGCAAGAGUGCAUGUGAGAGAGAGGUUUCAGCAUGAACUGGAUGGAUAAUCCCUCAGCCGGGUUGGAGUAAUUGCAGAGUUUAUAAUGAAAAGAACUAGAACGUGCCUGCUGAAAGGAGCUAAAAAAGGGCUGGAAGUGUCUGUGGGCUUUCAAGUGUUGCACAUCGCUUUGAAAUUAAAUAAAAUACCUCUGCUGCGUAGAGAUCGGCACUUCUCCCACAAGUAGGAAGCUCACACUAGCCUUCCCCCUUGGACUAUGGGAUGGAAAGUACUGGAGGUGUGGGACAUUCAGAGCAGGACAAUCCGUUACAGCCACACCGUCUCCUGCUUGUGACUCCUUUGCAAUAGGGCACAGUUCUGCUGCAAAUAUUUCUCAUCCUCAGAGGAAUACAGCUUGCUUUAAAAUAUGCAAAUAGAAGCAUGAAGGAAUUUGCAGCGAGAAAACUUCUGCGGCUGUCUCCUCUGGAGCAGCUCCCUCUGCUCCCCGUUCACCUUCAGGGACAGACACAUCCGCUGUUGGAACGGAAGGAUUCAGGUGACAAGUUGAGAAGUCUAUGGUCAUCGGAAACAUUGAAAUGCUUUACACUUGUUUCUAAACUGGAAGCUGACUUGGACCACCAUGCUCUACCUACCCGCCACCUGCUCCUGCUCCAAAGGAUCCUUUUUUCUUUUCUUAAUUUUUUUGGAACACUGAAAAAGCUGGAGAGUAUCAUGUGCUUUUCUCCACUCCCAGGUGUGUGUUUCCUGCCCCUGCCACGUGUUCCUCUCUCGGUCUGAGCAGAGCUCUAGGCUUGGUUCUGAGUUUUUUUGGCAUCCCGGCUCUGAUGUGAAGCACAUCUCCAGGUUGGGAUCUUUGCCUAACUCUGUUAGCUUCCUUUAACACUAUUUUAGAUCUGCCUUUUGUGGCUGAUGAUUCCUAAAUUCGAUUGGGGUGGAAUAUUUAUGUUUGAUAAAUCGCAAAUGCUAGCAGCUCUUCCUAGCUAGAGAAGCGGACGAGAAGGAGCAGCCAGCCUUCCCACUGCAGGCCUGCUCUUAAUUGUGGGAGGAAAAGGAGGAGACAACCCAAGUGGUUGAAAGCUAGGAGGGGGUGCGGGGAUGGAGAUGGAUCUCUAAAGAAGCGGGGACAAUGCUGAAAAUAGAUCUCUUAGCUUGUGUAGUUGACUAAGAACAAUAGAGGGUUUCUCUGAGAACAUCAGAAUUCAUCAGGAGGUUAUCAAGUAAGGCCUCCAACUAUUGAACUUGUCAGUUGAUGCCCCUUUUAGGUUGCGCUGGGGGCAUGAGGAGAAAGGGAUGGUCUAAACUACACUUGCCAAGAGAAGAACGAACUUUGCCAGGGUCUCCAAGUGGCAUGCAUGAUGCAUCUGACCAUGCUGAGCCUUGCCCUACUGUUGUUCCCCCAAAGCAAUAAGCAGCAGCUUCCCAGAAGGAGGGGGGAACAGCAAGUGACCCAGUUGUCCCCAAAGGAGGUCUCCAUAUGAAAUCCCUCUGUCCUCCUGCCAGCAAAUCCCUACCGGAUUGAUUGGCAUGAGGGUGCCACAGUCUUUCUAUCCCCAGUUUUAAUUCAGAGACUCACAGAAGCAGCAGGUCCCUUGGGUGCGUUCCUUCUCCUCGACCCUAGCAGAGGGUUGGAGAGGAACGGCUGCCUGCCGAGGCUGAGCAUUUGGCUUCCCCCUCCUUUCCCCCUCACCCCAUUUUUUUAAAUGAGGUGUGACUAAACUACAGACAGAUACCCAAAGCGUCUCUCCCAGGCUGAGCCUUGGCCAGAAUAAAUCAUCCUUUGUCCUGUCAGAAAACUCUGCCCAUGACUUUGGGCUUAUUCCCAAAGACUGCUGGGCUUCCACAUUUGUUGUCCAGCGGAUAUCCCAUGGGAGCUGGCAACACUGGUUAAUCCCUAGGGAUGUUAAGCUAAUGUUCUCAAAAUCAGAGGGAUGCUGGUGUACAUGGAGCUACAACAAAGCCCUUUAGAUAUUGUAGCCAGCUCCUAAAUAGGUCCCUUUUUUAAUAGCCUGUCACCCUAAAAGAUACCCUGAUUUCUGCUCCAGCAGGAGCCAAGUGCAGCCGUGGCCAGAAAUGUCUUCAUCACAGAGCAUCUCUGCUCGUACCUUUAUGAGGAAUAACAAUUUGUUGCCUUUACAGGCAAAGUGUUUUAAUCUGCUGGCACUCGAGCACUGGUUUACGUCUGAGCAAAGCUCCACGUGCAGGAGGAAGGCAGGCCAGCCUGUCCCAGCCUAUUUGCAAUGGCUUUUCCAAAGGAGCUAGCUGUCAGAAUUUUUGGGCUAUUCAACGUGAAAACCUGGAGCUGCUUUUGAGCGUAAAACUCUGCUUUCAACUACUUUGCCUUUAUCAUGCGAGGCGUCGCAGGGCUCGGCCUAGCCACAGUUUUAGCAUGGCAGAAAAAUAAUGUGGACCUCAGCAAAGUGUAACAGAUCCCGUUUCUCCCAGUCAUCUCACAUGAGUACGUUCAGGAGAGCUGCGUGCUGCCAGGCCAGCCUCUGCGGCAUCGCUCCAGCUGCUCAGGCCGAGGUGGGGGUGGAGGUGGGAGAGGUGAGAAGGAACAUGGUUUCUCCAGAGUUUUCUCUUUGUUACUCUGCUAUAUUUGUUAUCUGGAUUCUUAAGUAAUGAGUGCUUUGAAUUUUGUGAUUAUGUUACGGUGAUGUGUAGUUGAUGUACUAAUGUUCACUUGAGCUAGGAUCAUGGUAACAGUGUGGUUUGUUUUUUUUGUUCUUUUUUUUUUUAACUGUUCAGAAAAUAACUUAAAUACAAAUACAAAGAUUAAGCUGGGAA